CAAGUACGCACAGCUUCACUGCAUCAAGAUUAUUCACACUGCUCACACCCCAGAUUCCCCUGGCCCUCUCCCUACUCCGAUGAUCAAGUGAGCAAGCGAGCAAACGUCAUUGCACCAUGCUAUGAGCUGCAGCAACAGGGACAAGACCACGUGGCUGGCUUGCAGGCACACGUGCGCGCGAGCACACUGCACUGUGCGCACUUCUACUUGCCUGCAGGCACGCGUCGCCGAAGCAAGAAGGAGCAAAGCAGAGGAACUGAGGAGUAG